UGCGCAUGGUUGACAUGAGUCAGCGGCUGCGCGCCAGUGAGGAUGACCGGAGCCGGGCUUAUGUUGAGAUAGCCGACCUCAAUGAGGCGUUGAAGGCGGCCAAGGAGCAAGCUCGCCAGGCCGAGGAGCGGGCUCAGCAGCUCGCGGAGGAGGCUGCUCGCAAGGCGCGCCAGGAGGCUCGCGAUCAGGCCGUGGCCGAGUUCAUAUCCUCGGGGCUGUUCCAGGAUGAGGCCUUCGCCCGCAUGGAUGAUCUACUCAAGGCCUGGGGCAGACUCCCGAGGGGAAAGCCUUUGCUCACUCCGAAGGGAAGUCGUGGUACAACCUUGGUCUGUUCCGAGCGCAGCAGUGAGAUGCGAGGAGAGACGUUCUCCUUCGGCAACUACUCCCUCGCGGGCUCUUCUGCCAUUCCGACCGAGUUGGGGCCGAGCUCGACCCCGCCGCCCUCUCUGCGGGACUCUUGGGACUCGGACUCUGAGUCCGAGUCGGUGCACCCCGAUCCUUCUGCCAAGAUCCCGGGGUUCAUCUACUAUUCGUCGGAGGAGGACGAGAGGACCCCAUCUCCGCCGGCUCCGUCGGCUCCGCCGGUCCUUCGUGAGGUCGUCGCUCCCCCGUUUCCUGCCGGCUGCAGUGGCCAAGGUCGCCGCCCUCCAGCUCCUCCCGCAGCGGUUCCAAGCGAGAGCUCCGUGGCAUCCCACCAUCCGAGCCGGUGCUCCCUUGAAGACCCAGGCUCGCCCAGCUAUGACGAGUCUACCGGGCACUCCAUCAUCAGUCGGGCUCCUUCACCUUCCUACCCCCCACCUUGCCCUUGCGAGCGGGGGUGGAAUUGUGGCAUGCAUUGAAGUCUACCCGUACUUUAGUUGCAAGGUGUUUAAUUAUUGUAAGGCGUUUGUGCCAUGUACUUGCCCGUUUUCCGGGAUGAAUAAAAUUUGGAUUUGAUU